CGGUUUGGUGGGCCCAGCGCGGUGGGGUGCUGGCCGCCGGCUCGAGGCUGGGACACCCCUGCGUCCUCUCCCACCCCACCGCCCCCAUCGUUCCGCUCCCGGGCGCCAGGUGAGCGAUGACUCACUAGGGCAUCACCGCUGCGCCCCCAUCAGGAACGGAGCGCAAAAAGGCGCUUUGGGCAUAGAUCUCUCUCAGCGACAAGCCGAAGCGGCCACUGUUUGUUUGUUUUUUCCCUUCCAAAGGCAGGAUUUUCUCUUCUCUUUUGGUUGACAUCUUUGGACGUGGGACUGUUGUGCUCGAUUGCCCGUCGAGGAGGAGGAGGAGGCGGGGAUCCCUCCCCGCUGAUGCCACUGGACCAUGGUUGCUUCCAUGGGCGGAUCAUGAAGUGCUUGACUUUCUUUCUUCUGCUUCCAGAGACCUUAAAGAAGUCCAAAAGGAGCGUCCGGGCCGGCGGCAAGGGGCCAGCAUGCUAUGAGAUAGUGCCCCUGGCCCUCAAGAAGAAGAUGGCUGCGGAACUUUACCCUGCCAGCGCCAACACCAACCUCGCCAACAGCAAUAACGCCGCCGCCGCCAACAGCAAGAAAAACGCCCUUCAGCUCCAGCAGAGCGCGCAGCCCCCGCCGCCGCCGCCGCUGCAAAACCUCAACAACAACAACGUGGAGAGCGCCAACUGGCAGUCCUUCCACCCCACCCUGCGCGAGAGGAACGCGCUCAUGUUCAAUAACGAACUUAUGGCGGACGUGCAUUUUAUUGUGGGCCCAGUGGGGGCAGCCAAGAAAGUUCCUGCUCACAAGUAUGUUUUGGCAGUUGGUAGCUCUGUCUUCUACGCCAUGUUUUAUGGAGAUCUUGCAGAGGUCAAAUCUGAAAUCCAUAUACCAGAUGUGGAACCUGCAGCCUUCCUAAUCUUAUUAAAGUACAUGUACAGCGAUGAAAUUGACCUGGAAGCAGACACUGUGCUUGCUACUCUGUACGCAGCCAAGAAAUACAUUGUCCCGGCAUUAGCAAAAGCUUGCGUCAAUUUUCUGGAGACCAGUCUAGAGGCCAAGAAUGCUUGCGUUCUGCUGUCUCAGAGCAGACUCUUUGAGGAGCCGGAGCUGACACAGCGCUGCUGGGAAGUCAUUGAUGCUCAAGCUGAGAUGGCACUAAAAUCGGAGGGCUUCUGCGAAAUAGAUCAACAGACGCUAGAGAUCAUCGUGACGCGGGAAGCCCUGAACACAAAGGAGGUUGUGGUGUUUGAGGCAGUCCUGAACUGGGCUGAGGCUGAAUGCAAAAGGCAAGGGCUGCCGGUUACGCCAAGGAACAAGCGGAAUGUAUUGGGGAAAGCUUUGUACUUGGUACGGAUCCCAACCAUGACUCUGGAAGAGUUCGCCAACGGGGCUGCUCAGUCCGACAUCCUAACGCUUGAGGAAAGGCAUAAUAUUUUCUUGUGGUAUACUGCUGCCAAUAAGCCCAAGUUAGAAUUUCCAUUGACAAAGAGGAAAGGACUUGUACCCCAAAGGUGCCACCGAUUUCAGUCCUCCGCCUAUCGUAGCAAUCAGUGGAGGUACCGAGGUCGGUGUGACAGCAUCCAGUUUGCUGUAGAUAAAAGGAUAUUUAUAGCCGGACUGGGAUUGUACGGGUCGAGUUGUGGGAAGGCGGAAUACAGCGUCAAAAUUGAACUGAAGCGGCUGGGGGCUGUUCUUGCCCAGAACCUGACGAAGUUUACCUCUGAUGGAUCUAGUAACACUUUCUCAGUCUGGUUCGAGCAUCCCGUGCAGGUUGAGCAAGACACCUUUUACAACGUGAGCGCCAUCCUGGAUGGCAACGAGCUGAGUUACUUUGGACAAGAGGGAAUGACCGAAGUACAGUGUGGAAAAGUGACAUUCCAAUUCCAGUGCUCCUCGGACAGUACCAACGGCACUGGGGUGCAAGGAGGGCAGAUACCUGAACUCAUUUUCUAUGCAUGAUGCAUUUCACUUAGAAUGUAUCCCGGGACUGCUCUGCAUAUUACGGGAUACUCUGACCCGACUGCAAAUAUUCCAGGGCGAUUUGGAAUGUUGCGCUACUUUUAACUGUCUUACUUACCAUCUGGCUAUCAAACUAAGUGAAGGAAUGCUCUUGAAUUUAAUCUUAUUUUAUUUAUUCAUAAGCUAUUUGACUUAAUUAUUGAACUGCAACAUGCAGGAGGGGGAAAUGUUUUAAAAAAUUUGCACGUGACGUGCGUUUAUUUUGUAUAUAGAUAAACUAACUUGCAGGCUGCAGCUGGCUCAAACAGAAUGUUCUAAAGUAGAGCGGUUUGAGAAUCUGUUGAAUAUAAAACAUUUUUACUUGUCCUAGA